CAUGUUUAUUAGAACGUAAAUCGGUCGUUGUAAAAAUGCGCAUGCGCAAACACAUUUUGUAACGGAAAGCGCCAUAUUUGAGUUGUGUGUGAAUUUGUGUUUACGAAUUUCCUGAUUUUGUGUGGGAAAAUAACGCAUAAGGCAACAGUGUGCAUGUGACUGUUGAAACAAUGCCAGCAGCCUUGGAUGUCCACCACACCCCCGCCCAGAGGGGUGCGGCAGUCUUCAGGCAUCCCUCCUCCACAAGUGCCACCACCACCACCACCACGCCCACUGAUUUCAUCUCCCCGUCCACCUCUGCCCGUCGGCAGCACCACCCGUCCCACCUCCCAAGCCAAUCCUCCCUACAGCAGCAUCACCACAUCAACGUCCCCGAGAACGAUGACGCAGCGGAGCGACGGCAGAGGCGACGGUCAAAGGUCCUGGAGAUGCAGAGACAGUUUCAGAGCCCAGGAACGCCAAGCGACAGCCGGCGAUCUCUUUCCCACAAUCAAGGGCUGAAUGCUGCCCAGGUGACCGACCACUACGCUAACUGCAUCAAGCUCUCCACGGAAAAUAAAAUUAACGCCAAGAAUGCUUUUGGCCUGCACCUGAUUGACUACAUGGCUGAACUCCUCAAGGAGAAGACAGGAGAAAUGACCAAUUUUCAGGUUGCAAGUUGUACACUGGACGCGAGUGCUAAGAUCUAUGCAGGUCGUGUGGAUGCCAUCCAUGCCGACACGUAUAAGAUGUUAGGUGGGCUUGGACAUGGAGAUAGGCAGAGUAAAGAAGGUGAAGAUGGCCUCACAGAAGCCGGAGAGGCAGGAACAAAUGCCACCAAGAAACACAAGAAACGACACUCCAACACCAUUGAGAGCAACCUGAAGAACAUCAACCUGAACAAGUUGGAUCUUGGUUUUGAGAUGGACCCCUUAUUCCACAAGACCUCGGCAGCCUUUGACGAAGGCGGUACCUUCGGCCUGCUUCUGAACCACCUGACGUGCAGGGAUGAUGAGUGUGAGCUGCUGUUGGAUUCCACCUCGCUGGCAAGCACCGUGGGUACGCAGACUGACGAGACUCUGGAGUCUGCCAGGCAGGCAAGGCUGGACUUAUCCGACAUCAAAGACGUUUAUGCCGGUGUUAACUUUGAGGGCCUGCAGAUUUGUCCACAGUUUGCUGACUUUGAGUUCACCAACUGGAACAAAGAUGGCAAGGAUGACUUUGCCGGCAUGAUUGAGAAGAUGGGCAAGAGCGACCACGCCUUUGAUCCCAACGCCGUUCCCGAACCCCUCGAGGAUCCCACUGCCAACCAGCAGGACUCGGCCGGCAUGGACCACUACGCCGCUGGGGGCUUCAGCGAUGACGACGGUGACUAUGACGGAGGGGAGGAAGGGGUAGGGUCGAUGGGGGAGGCGUCGGUCUUCAUGGCGGACGGCCAGGAAGCGCAGCUUGUCGGGUCUAGUGGGUGCAGGACGUUGUCCACAGCCGGUCAGCUGUGUCUGCAGUUGUCCCUCCAGCCCACAGAGUACUCCUACUUCAAUAUGGAUAAACUGACCACAUGGGCUGGCCCACAACACUGGAAACUAAAGCCACAUUCUAAAGACUCAUCCUCACUGGCAAACGGAGAUGAGGAUAAGAAGGCAAAGGCCAAGAAGCCAGUCUUCAGGAUAGACUACGACAAAGAUGUGGACUUUGACAAGUACUUCUCAGAAUCCAAGGCAGCCACCACGUUAUCCAAGGCCACCCUGGACAAGUACAGCAAGAAUGUGACCACACUGCCAGGGGAUCUCCACUACAACCCUGACUCUCUCUUCAAGCUCUUCCUCAAGCCAAACUUUGUGGUCAGGAGGCAAGUGAGUACCAGUGAUAGCAUGGACGAUGGCAUCGGUGGAUAUGACUACAACAAUGCCAACGACUGUGCAAACUUUUGUCCAGAUACUGGGGCGGAUGAUGAUGAUGAUCAUGAGGUGGGUGGGGAUAUGAGCUCAGGACCCAGUGACUUCAGCCAGACUUGCUCCCAGAGUAGCUACAUCAAUGACAGCGUCUUUGACGCCACCCUCCUGCAAGGAGACAAGCUGGUUGCUCAGCCACACAAGGUGGCCAAGAUAGACAUCCAGUAUGCCAGGACAGCCAAAAAGAUGGACGUCAAGAAACUCAAGUCUCUGAUGUGGCAGCAUCUGACUACAGACAAGGAAGAAGAUAAGGAGAACAUUCCCUCAGAGAACGAUGUCCUUAAGAAGACAUCAGUGGCCGGUAUGCAGUCCUUCAGUGACAUGUACCAGAUCUUACCAGACAGACUCUCUCGGACCAUGGCCAAGAACCUCAGCAUCCCAAUCGCCUUCGUCUGCCUCCUUCAUCUGGCUAACGAAAAGAGCUUGAAGAUUGAUAACAACGAUGAGGAUCUUGUCAUCACUCAGAACUGAAUGCCGGGUAAAAAUUGUAACUCCUCAAAGCCCUUUGACUACCUCCAACCCUCCAUGACCUACUCAGAUGAUUUGUUUUGGAGUUCCAAGAUCAGGACAGGUUUAUAAUGCAUUGGCUCUGGGUUUCUGUAAAUAUUUUUUUGCAAGGUAUUACUACAUUUUACAUGUGCGUGUCGGUUUCAACUAAAUGGAAAACAAAAAUACACUUUAAAUGUACAUUUGAUGGUAUUUGCUUUGUAAAAAGAUUAUCAUGCAUUCCUUGUGAUCGCAACUAGAUUGUACAUGAAUAUCCUUUCUAAAAGUGUCAUGAACUUCCUAACACUUCUUUAUUUUUACGUUGUACAGCGCAACUAAAAUUGUAGUUCUACGACAUUCAUCUAGAUGCUGUAAAUAUUUUAGCAUAAAUUUGGUGGUUUAUUAUUUUUUUUCCCAGUGUUCUAGAUUAUUAAAUUUGGUAGUCGGAAACAG